GAAAUCAGGUGUGCAAGCAGGUAUUCCCACUUGUGAAACAGAGACUGUUACUCUAUCACUGUUUUACUUUUCCUUUUAUUGUUUUUUCUUUUGUCCCCUCUGCUCUCCCUGCUUUAGCUUUGUCUGAGCAAAUGAUACCACCCCAUUCUGACUGGAGUCAGUUACGUUGCCAGCAUGGAAACAGCACCUUCUUUAACUGGUGUGGUUUAAUUAUGGGACAGUACUUGUGYAGGAGUAUGUUGAAUUUCUUUGUCCCCUAAAGGGAAUAAAAGAGGCUGAGAUAUGGCAUGGUUCUGUCAURUAAUGUUAAAAGAUCAUAAUCUGACAACUCGACAGCCAUUCCACCAACUUCUGCAAAAGAAACCCUCUCUUCCACCUACAGUGUGGCAUCAUGCAGUAAGGGGCAUGUUUAUUCAAACUCAGGACACACCAAAUCCAAAUAGCUUGAAGUUUAUUCCAGGAAGGGAAGUGCUGGAGUCGAGGACUAUGGAGUUUGCCACACCAGCUGCAGCACAUUGCUCACCUUUAGCAAGACAGUUAUUCAGGAUUGAAGGAGUUAAAAGUGUUUUCUUUGGGCCAGACUUCAUCACAAUCACCAAGGAGAGUGAAGACCUGGAUUGGAACUUACUGAAACCAGAUAUUUAUGCAACUAUAAUGGAUUUCUUUGCCUCUGGCUUGCCUGUAGUUACUGAUGAGGCACCUAGGACAGAUACAGCUGCUUCAGAAGAAGAUGAUGAAGUUGUGCUGAUGAUUAAAGAGCUCCUGGAUACGAGAAUCAGGCCAACAGUGCAAGAAGAUGGUGGUGAUGUUAUUUACAAAGGCUUUGAAGAUGGGAUUGUGCAGCUGAAGCUGCAGGGUGCGUGCACCAGCUGUCCCAGUUCCAUCAUCACCCUGAAGAACGGGAUACAGAACAUGCUCCAGUUCUACAUCCCUGAGGUUGAAGGUGUGGAACAGGUUGUUGACGACGAUGAUGACGUGAAGAAAGAAAUAAAUUCUACUUGAGCUUCGUCAUGUGUGGCCAAAUAUGCAUUUGCCUCCUGGUGUAUGUAAACCAUCUUUGUGAUGAGGAACAACCAAAUCAGCCUUGUCAGAAAAAUAGUUGUACUUACUGUGAGAAUGUACCAUCAGCUUAAGCAGUUCGUCCACUAAUUUAUUAAAUGCCCUAUAUUACAAAAAAAAAUUUUCCUCUACUUUGUGGUAUGUCUUUAGAGAAAAAUGGUGGGCAUGGGGAACAGUGGCAUAUUUCUGCAUUGUUUUUUUUCAUACAGAAACUUCARUAUUAAAAAAAUAGAAGUUUCUUGGUUUUGUGCAAUAGCAAUAUUAAAUGUGUAUUCCCCCACUUGUGGGACUGGCAGGACUCUCUGCCCUUGCUCUUUAAGUGGGAGCUUUAGGAAUGUUAAUUUUAUCAAGUCUUGUUAAAAAGCUGCUGAUUCCUGUCCAAUUUUUGUGUUUGAAAAAUAACCUCUAACAUCAACUGCUCAUUUUGGAGGAUGUAACAUUGCCAUGGCUGAUGCAAAGUUCCCUGCCUGCUCAUUACCACUGUACAAACAAUAGCAGCCAAAACAGUUGUGAGUUGUUAUAAAAACCAUACUUUUUAAGUUAAAUAUUAAAAAACAAUGAUCCUUAUCAACUUCAGUAAGUAGAGAGUGUAAUUAACUCAUUUAGAAGUAAAAUUGUUCAGCCACAAUUGGUGAUCUGUUUAAAUGCAGCGGCUGAUUUCUCCCUGUAACUCUCCACGUCAGGAGGAAGGUGCAGUGCUGGAGGAAUUUCUGUGUGGGAUGGCAGAGGGAAGGAGGGACYGUGUUUGCUCC